AUGCCGCUCAACGCCAAAGCUGUCUACGCCAGAUCCGACGCGGAACUGGCCCCCUUCGCCAGUCGACGAAGCACUGUUCACAGUCGAAAUGGCAUCGUAUCAUGCACUCAGUCCCUGGCCGCCGCAGCAGGCCAGCGAAUUCUGAGCCAAGGCGGAAACGCAGCAGAUGCAGCCGUGGCCGUCGCUGCUGCGAUGAAUAUGACGGAGCCAUGCUCCACUGGAAUCGGAGGAGACAUGUUCUGCCUGUUUUACAACUCGAAGACGAAGAAAGUCCACGCACUGAACGGAUCUGGUCGAUACCCAGGUGCUGCAAGCCUGGAGCAGGUGCGCAAAGACUUGAAGAUCGCCCCUGGCGAGCAAGGGAGUAUACCGAUGUUGAGCGCCUUGGCCUCGACCACACCUGGCGCAGCCGCGGGCUGGAUCGACACCGUGGAGAAAUUUGGUAGCGGUAAGUUGUCGAUGGAGCAGAUUCUACAGCCAGCCAUUGAGCUGGGUGAGGAGGGAUUCCCAGUGUCGGAACUUUCGUCCCAUGGAUGGCAUGAGGCUGAAAAUGACAUUCGCAACGCAUCUCCCAACUUUCGUGAGAUGCUCAAGAAAGACCCCUUGGCGAAGGAUGGUGUACGUAGCCCCCGCCCGGGGGAGAUUAUGAAGAAUCCUACGCUGGCAAAGACAUUCCGCACUCUUGCCGCGGAGGGAAAGAAGGGUUUCUACCAAGGUCGAAUUGCUCAGGAGAUCGUCAAGGUAAUCAAUGACCUGGGUGGUUAUAUGGCAUUGGAUGACCUGGCCUACCACGCCGAGGUUGGCACUCAGGAGGUCGAUGCUAUCUCCUUGAGAUUCACCGGCCAAGAUAUCGCGUCGAAGCAAGGAGCGGGUACAGAUGGUCCUAAUCACGGUGUCGAGAUUUGGGAGCACCCGCCAAAUGGUCAGGGCAUCGUCGCACUGAUGGCUCUGGGGAUUAUGGAAGAGCUCGAGAGAAGUGAAAAGAUUCCGCGGUUUAGCGAAGCACAGCACAACUCGGCCGAGUAUCUUCAUGCGGUAAUUGAGAGUCUACGGAUUGCUUUUGCCGAUGCUGCCUGGUGGGUAACCGACCCCGACGUGGAGCAAGUGCCCUCGCAAGGUUUACUGGCGCGCGAGUAUUUGGCCGAGCGAGCCAAGUUGUUCGACCCCGAGCGCGCGGCUGAUCUUUUGGAUCGCGGCAGCCCGGCCCACAACCACUGCGAUACCGUCUAUUUUGCUGUGACUGAUCGCGAAGGCAACGGUAUAUCCUUCAUCAACAGCAAUUACGCCGGCUUCGGAACGGCUAUCAUCCCCGCAGGCUGUGGCUUCAGUCUGCAGAACCGUGGGGCCAACUUCUCGCUUCAGCCAGACCACCCCAAUGCAUUGGCACCUCGGAAACGGCCCUAUCACACCAUCAUCCCUGCGCUCAUUACCAAUGUCGCUGAUGGAUCUCUUCACUCUGUCUAUGGUGUCAUGGGUGGCUUCAUGCAGCCCCAGGGCCAUGUCCAAGUCCUGCUCAACAUGCUUGCGUUCGGCACCGAUCGUACCAUUUGCGUGGAGGAAGGAAUCAGCGAGGAAGCUGUAGAAGGUCUUCGCCGUCUGGGCCAUCAGAUUGAGGUGCUUACCGGCUGGAAGCGAUCCAUGUUUGGUCGCGGCCAGGUCAUUCGGCUGCACUACGACGAGGGGCAGCAAGUUUAUAGCGCGGGUAGUGACCCCAGAGGUGAUGGAUUAGCUUUCCCCAUGCUAUAA